GGUAAACACAGCGGAGAGACUGCCGUCUCCCUCGGCGUCAUCAAUGGCCGGUGAAAUGUUAGAUUCAGACAGAAGGAUGUCUUCCCCAAACUGGAGCCUGACUCACUCAAGCUGCAGCAGUCCUGAUCCGAAUGAAAGCCCUACAGGGUCCAUCUGGAACCCUACACAACCAAGUUAUACCAGUCCUGGCCUAAAGUUGGACCCUGCAAAGCCAAGUUCUGACCUCAACUGGAAUCCUACACAAUCAAGUUAUACCAGCUCUGAUCCCAAAUGGAACCCUACACAGCCAAGUUCUGACCCCAGCUGGAACCCUACUGAGUCGAGUUAUCCUAGUCUUGACCUCAAAUGGAGCCCUACACAGCUCAGUUUUACCAGUCCUGACUCCAAGUUGACCCCGGCUAAGUCAAAUUCUGACCUCAGAUGGAAUCAUACACAACCAAGUUAUCCUAGUCCUGACCCCAAGUCGAACCCUACACAGAUGAAUCAUACCAAUAUUGGUCCUAAGCUGACCCCUACUGAGCAAAAUUCCGACCCUAACUGGAACCCUGCCCAAGUAAGCUGUCCCAACCCUGACCCCAGGCUGAACAUAACUCAGCCAAGUUAUACGAAUCCCAACCAAAGCUGGACCACAGCCAACACCAGCUGGGCCCCUCCACCAGAUCCUUUGCAGGUCACUCAUGUGAACCAAACCUAUGACUUAAUCCAUUCUGUCCCUGUCAGCAAUGUAUCCUCGCCCACCUCUAAGGAAUGGCUACAGAACCAUGGCAUUAAAGCUUUGCAUCUGACUUUCAAAGACUUUGUUGACAAAGGCAAAUUAGUUGGACCCCAGGCUGAUCCAUCCACGGGACAAGCUUCACACUAUGUGGCGUUCAACCCACUGGACAUCGUGACCUUUCAAGAGAAACUCAACCUGGCCAUGAAGAGUUACCAGCAACGAAUCAACUGGCUCCUUCAGGGAAGCAGAAAGGUGUUUGGGGUGUCAACAGUGAAGAGUGUGGCUGUGGCUGUUGACUGUUCCGGUCACAACACUGGUUACGGUCGACUGGAAACUCUGCAACAAUUUCUUCUGCAAUUGAUAGACGAGCAGCUUUGUAAGAAAUCUUCUUUCUAUCUGACAACAUUUGGCUCAAAAACACAACCUCUUUGGUCAACAAGUCAGCAAGUUAAUCCGAAAACGAUCAAUGGUGCCAAACAGUGGGUGCAGCAACUGCAGCAGCAGGACAGCUGCAACGUGUUGCAGGUGUUGAAGGACAUUGCACAAUUGAAGAAUCUGGAUUCUGUCAUUUUGAUUCUGGGAUCUGUGCCUGACCAGAAACCUGAUAUUUUGGCAGAGUUUAUAGAACAGAUGUUUGUGGGUCGGGACACCACUAUUGAUGGAGUCUCGUAUGAUUGUAGCAACCACCUCACUAACAUGUGUCUCAGAAAACUGUCUGAAAUGACCGGUGGUCGAUUCCAUUGUUACUCUUCAUGCUGUGAGGACCUGAUUUAUUCUGGAACAGACAUCAGUUUAUUGGUCAACGAAAUACACAAAGUGAAAGAUAUAAUUAACAAGAUUGAAGCCAGCAAGCAAGGCAUGAUNNUCAGUGACUUAUUUGUCUUCCUAUUCCAGGUGGCUGCUGACAUACAGAAACUGCCCCAGUCCAUGCUGUUGCCCAAACCUGCGGGCCAUAACUCCCCACUCAACAUCGAUCAUCCAAAAUUUCCUCGUCAGUCGUCAGUGGAAUGGUUGAAGCAGCAUGGCUUAAAAGCCAAGAAGUUAAGCCUUUACCAUUUUCUCACACCAAAUGCCUUUAAUUAUCAGAAACACUUCAUUCCAGUAAUUGGAAAAACUGUACAAUCUCAGGUUCAUGAAAAAGCAAUGGUGCAAUUCCAGUGGCAUGAUGGUUCGGUGAAGAAUGUCCAUGUUGAUAUGGCACAAAUCUUUGAGUACCAGAAGCAACUUGGUGCCGCAGUGAGUUUAUACGAACAGAGAGUCGAAUGGUUAUCCACAGGAAGUCGGAAGAUUUUUGGAACAAUUUCAGGUCAAAGGAUCAUCAUUCUCUUGGAUCUGUCUCUCUACAACAUCAAUUAUCUCAUACAUAUUCAACAUUCUAUGAGAUUGUUGUUGGAACAACAAUUACACGAUAAGGAAUAUUUCAACAUCAUCAGUUUUGGUCAAGCCUCAAGAAGAUGGAGUGAAACAAUGAAGAAACCAACCGAAGAGAAUUUACAAUCAGCCUGGAAGUGGAUUCUGGCAUCGAAAUGUGAAGGCAAACGUAAUUUCCUCUCCGCAUUCCGAAUGGCUGUGGAAAAUGAUGUGGAAAUAAAGAAUGGAAUCGACCCUGAUGGCGUUUACCUGUUUACCAGUGGAGUUCCUGACCAACCGGAGCACAUCUGUCUAUCUUACAUUACAGAGAGUUGUAUCGGACGUGCAAUGCAGUUCCAUGCCUCUCUAUUCCAUGUCCACCACUCUGGAGACAGUGAUGGCACUCCUACCAGAUAUGACACUGUCUCAAAAACAGCAGAAUGUUUAAGGAAUUUGGCUCAUUGCAUGCAGGGACGAUUCCAUUGGUUUGGAGAGACUGGAAUCAGUGAAAGUGAUGAUAUUAGCUGCAUUAUGAAGGAAAUCGAGAAAGCGUUGCUCUACUCCAAGAAAUGUUCACAACUUACUCAAGCUGUGAAGAAAAAAUACCAACUAAAAAAGGUUAUCACAGACCCCAACGUUUUACCUAUUUGUCCAGUUCCCUAUCAAAAGAGACCAACAUCCUGCAUACCAGCUUUGAUGAACAAGGAGAAAAAUGUUGCCAAUGAAAGACCAACAACAAGUGGGAGACCAACAACUGCUGGAAGACCACUGUCCAGUGGGAGGCCACUGUCCAGUGGGAGACCAAUGUCCAGUGUUAAACACCCAGUGUCUGUUAGUAAUAAAAUAAACCAUUUACCAGUUUCUGCUGCAGGUUCUGUUUCCAAAAGAUUUCCAAAAGCCAAAACUAAAGGGCUGAAGAAAGCAUUCUCAGCGGAAUCUUUGGUAGGAAUCGAAGACUAUGUCAGUACAAAACAGUGGUUGCAUCGAUACAGUUUGUCAAAACAGAAGUUAAAUCUAAGCAAACUUCUAUCGACACCGGCCUGUAAACACGACGAAACUAAUGUGAAAGUCCUUCACAGACAAGUCACAGCAAAAUAUUGCAACAUCUUCCCCAGCAUCAAUGUCAACGGCACUCUCAGACAUCUUCAGCUCAUGCCUCACGAACUUAAAGAAUAUAUCAAAAGACUGGAAUGUGUCCUCAAACAUUAUCUUCAUAGAAUGCAAUGGUUGCUCAGUGGCAGUCGACGUGUCUUUGGAACAGUCAUUCACAAACAGUCAACGAUUCUCGUUGAUACGUCUGGCUCAAUGAAUCGCUACAUGGAUGAGCUGAAGAAAGAACUGACCAGUCUUGUUUGGGAACAGCUGUAUAAGAAUAAGCACCGUAAGUUGCUUGAUGCUUCGUCUUCUAGCUGCUGUUGUUGUUAUGCAGCUGGAAGUACUUGUACAUUAGAGGCAUUGCAGAUGGCCUUCUCUGAUGACAAGACCAAAGCCAUAUAUUUACUCACAGAUGGUAAGCCAGACUCAAGCAGGUCUUUGGUUCUGCAACAAGUGAAAUCCAUGAAUGAAGAACGGAAAAUCCCGGUGAACACAAUUUCUUUUAAUUGUUCUGACAGUGGUGCCAAUGACUUCCUGAAGCAAUUAUCUCAACUCACUGCUGGUCGCUACCACAAGUCAGAAACAAGCUUUGACAUUAAUCUAUUUAUUCAUAAACUUCUCAACAAAGGUUUCCAAGACAUCAAUCAUCCUCAGCUGCCCAUCUUUGAGAGUGAUGAUCUUAAGAAACUCAGCAAAGAAAUUGAACUUGCUCGAACUUACCUGUCACAGUGUAUGACAUACAGAGACAUCUACAGUGACUUUCAGAACUCCAAACUGAAAUCAACAGCCAUGUCCUGUUUCGCUACCACAUCAAGUCAGGUCAACCCUGAAUCUGAAACGAAAGAUACCAACACUCUCAACAAAACCACACCGGGUCCAGCCGUUCCUUGUGUGACCACACCAGGUCAAGCUGUCCUUAAUCCAGUAAUACCUAGUCCACUCACACACAACGAAGUCACUCUUGGUCCAGUUAUUCCUGGGGUGACCACUCCAGAUCAAGCCAUUCUCAAUCCAGAAAUACACCAUCUAGACACACCAAAAACCCCUUCAAUUCCAGCUAUUCCCAGUCUUGCAACACCAGGUGAUUCCGUCCUUAAACCGGUAACAUCUAAUCCAGUCACACUAAAUAAAGCCACAUCGAGUCCAGCUGUCCUGAGUGUAACCACACCAAGUCAAUCCAUUCUUAAUCUAGUAAUACCGAGUUCAGUCUCACUCAGCAAAAUGAAAGCAGGUGUAGUUACUCUCAAUCCAGCCCUAACAGAUGCAGUUACACCCAGGGAAGCUAAGCCACACUCAAAGGGUGACAAAUACCAACAGAACAGGGGAAGUCUCCAAGAUUAUAUUUAUGGACCAAAAACAAAUCUGGGCAAAUAUUCCAAGAUGGAGUUGUGAGAUGAUGUAUCCUCAACGGGAUGGUCAUUUGGUGGAUGCUGUGAAGUGGUAUGAACUCAAUGUGGUGGUCAGUCAGUGGAGAGUCAUGAGAUUAUGCAUUGUCAAUGUGGUGGCUACUUGGGGAAUAGACAUGAGGUGAUGAAUCCUCAAUGUGGUGGUCAGUUAGCGAAGGGUUGUGAGUUAGGGGGAGGGAUAAAGAUCCGCUAAGGUUUCCUCAAUGUGGUGGUCAAGAAUGUUGUUGCUUCGAUCAACUUUAAAUACGCUUUCAUUUGUUUCGGUCAUUUGACUGAGGCCAUGCUGGAGCACUGCCUUUAGUCUAGCAAAUCGACCCCAGGACUUAUUCUUUGCAAGCCUAGUACAUAUUCUAUAGGUCCCCUUUGCCGAACCGCUAAGUUACGGGGAUGUCAACACACCACCAUCGGUUGUCAAGCAAUCUUGGGGUGACAAAUACAGACACACAAACAUAUACACACACAUACAUAUAUAUAUAUAUAUAUAUAUAUAUAUAUAUAUUUAUAAACAUAAUUAAGGGAUCAGCAAACAUUUGUUUCACCAUAUA